GGUAAGUCAACGAAUACUUACUUUUUGUCGUUGCCGAACGUGAUGAAUUAAUGAAGACAAAAAGAUCAAAAUCAGUGACGCAACUGAACUCUGCAUUUUACUUCAGAUAGAUUCAAACAUUUUGAUUUUGAAUGGCGGUGUUAACGGAAUCAGUGCUUACUUACAGAAUCAUGGAGGAGGAGGAGGAACAAUUACCACUUUCCUUUUCCUUUUCCGUUUCUGAUCCUUCUCCUUCUCCGGAGAAGCAUUUGAAUCCAUCAGAUGCAGUUAUCUUCUUCGGUCUCAGUCUUGCUCUCGGUAUUGCUUCCAGACACCUCUUACGUGGGACCAGACUUCCUUACACUGUUGCUUUGCUCAUCCUUGGCAUUGUCCUUGGAUCCUUAGAAUAUGGUACUCAUCACCGGCUCGGUAAGAUUGGGGAUGGAAUUCGUCUUUGGUCAGAGAUUGAUCCAGAGCUCCUAUUAGCCGUUUUUCUUCCUGCUCUUCUUUUUGAGAGCUCAUUCUCAAUGGAAGUUCACCAAAUUAAGAGGUGUAUUGCACAAAUGAUCUUACUAGCUGGUCCAGGUGUUGUGAUUUCGACCAUUUUUCUUGGAACUGUUUUGAAGCUUACUUUUCCAUAUAACUGGAGUUGGAAAACGUCAUUGUUGCUUGGGGGACUUCUUAGUGCAACUGAUCCUGUUGCUGUUGUGGCCUUGUUGAAAGACCUUGGUGCCAGCAAAAAAUUAAGCACAAUAAUUGAAGGGGAAUCCUUGAUGAAUGAUGGGACGGCUAUUGUGGUUUACACGCUUUUCUAUCGGAUGGUUCUUGGAGAGACCUUCAACUGGGUCGCCAUAAUCAAAUUUCUAGUACAAGUUUCACUUGGAGCUGUAGGUAUUGGUCUUGCUUUUGGGAUUGCAUCUGUCUUAUGGCUUGGGUUUAUUUUUAAUGAUACAGUGAUUGAGAUUUCACUAACACUUGCUGUUAGCUACAUUGCUUACUACACUGCUCAAGAGAGUGCGGAUGUUUCUGGUGUUUUGACAGUUAUGUCAUUGGGAAUGUUCUAUUCUGCAUUUGCAAGGACAGCUUUUAAGGGUGAAAGUCAACAAAGCUUACAUCACUUUUGGGAAAUGAUUGCUUAUAUUGCUAAUACAUUAAUUUUCAUUUUAAGUGGAGUUGUUAUAGCUCAAGGAAUACUUAGCGAUGACAAAGUUUUCCAUCAUGGACUAUCAUGGGUCUACCUCUUGCUUCUCUAUGCAUAUGUUCAAGUGUCUCGAUGCAUUGUAGUUGGAGCAUUAUUUCCCUUUCUAAGAUAUUUGGGAUAUGGUUUGGAUUGGAAAGAAGCUAUUAUUCUCGUCUGGUCAGGAUUGCGAGGAGCAGUUGCCUUGUCACUUUCACUAUCGGUUAAGCGUUCGAGUGGCAGAUCAAUUGAAUUGACUCCAGAGACAGGAACAAUGUUUGUUUUCUUCACCGGUGGAAUAGUGUUUUUAACACUUAUAGUGAAUGGUUCAACCACACAGUUCAUUUUACAGUUCCUUGACAUGGAUAAGUUAUCAUCAGCUAAGAGACGUAUCCUUGAUUUUACAAAGUAUGAAAUGGUUAACAAAGCAUUAGAGGCUUUUGGUGAACUUGGAGAUGAUGAGGAACUCGGGCCUGCAGACUGGCCCACAGUGAAGAGAUACAUUUCCUGCUUAAAUGAUAUUGAAGGUGAACGUGUUCAUCCUCAUGGUGCAUCUGAAAGUAACAGUAACUUAGAUCCUAUGAAUUUGAAAGACAUACGAGUACGCCUUUUGAAUGGUGUCCAAGCUGCUUACUGGGAGAUGCUUGAUGAAGGGAGAAUUACUCAAACAACAGCUAAUAUCCUAAUGCUAUCAGUGGAGGAAUCAAUAGAUUUGGCUUCAUCUGAGCCUCUAUGUGACUGGAAAGGUUUAAAAGCUAAUGUUCACUUCCCUAAUUACUACAAGUUCCUCCAGUCUAGUAUGUUACCACAGAAGUUAGUUACAUACUUCACUGUGGAAAGGUUGGAGUCAGCAUGUUAUAUUUGUGCUGCAUUUCUUCGUGCCCACAGAAUUGCUCGACAACAAUUACACGAUUUCAUAGGUGAUAGUGACGUUGCUUCUGCUGUCAUCAAUGAAAGUGUUGUGGAGGGAGAAGAAGCACGGAAGUUCCUAGAAGAAGUUCAUUUAACAUACCCUCAGGUUUUACGCGUUGUAAAGACAAGGCAAGCAACAUAUGUAGUGCUAAAUCAUUUAAUUGAAUAUGUUCAAAACCUUGAGAAGGCUGGGAUAUUGGAAGAGAAAGAGAUGCUACAUCUUCAUGAUGCUGUCCAGACUGAUUUAAAGAAAUUACUUAGAAACCCUCCUUUGGUUAAGCUUCCUAAAAUAAGUAAUAUACAUCCUAUGUUGGGUGCUCUGCCAUCCUCAGUUCGUGAACUACUUUCAAGUGGUACAAAGGAAAUGAUGAAAUUGCGUGGUUUGACGCUUUACAAGGAAGGUGCCAAAUCAAAGGGUAUUUGGUUAAUUUCUAAUGGAGUGGUGAAGUGGGAAAGCAAGACGAUUCGAAGCAAGCACCCUUUUUAUCCAACUUUUACGCACGGGAGCACAUUGGGUCUUUAUGAAGUGCUGACUGGAAGACCAUAUAUCUGUAAUGUUGUUACAGACUCCAUCGUAUUCUGCCUUUUUGUUGAAGCAGAUAAGAUAAUUUCAUGUCUCAAAUCUGACCCUUCAAUGGAAGACUUCCUGUGGCAGGAAAGUGCUAUUUCCCUUUCCAAAAUAUUGCUUCCCCAGAUAUUUGAGAAACUAACUGUGCAAGAUUUAAGAGCUCUUAUUGCUGAAAGAUCUGAAAUGACCAUAUAUAUAAGAGAGGAAACAAUUGAAAUCCCUUAUCAUUCAGUUGCCUUCUUACUAGAAGGAUAUAUCAAAACUCAAGGUCGUGAGCUGGUAACCGCACCAGCAGCCCUGCUUCCUUCACAUGGGAAUCGAAGCUUCCGAAGUUUGUCGAUUUCAGGUACUAAGGAAGGUAGUUUCAUUCAUCAAGGAUCUUGUUAUCUGGUUGAAACUAGAGCAAGGGUAAUCGUGUUUGAUAUUGCUGCAUUUGAGACUGAUGCUGCUCUUGUUAAAAAGUCAAGUUCACGGUUAUUGCAUGUGGUGGAUCAUCCUCAUAGAUCUUUCCGUAUAGAACAUAGUGGUCUUAUGAGUUGGCCUGAACAUUUCUACCAGCAGAGUCAACAUAAACAGGGCUCUGAACAACAAACCAGUAGUUUGUCUGCAAGGGCAAUGCAGCUGAGCAUAUAUGGGAGCAUGGUGAACAUCCCUCGUCGGAGUGGAAGUUUGUCAAUUAAUCGCACUAGACCACCACUUCAAAGUUUGUCAUAUCCAACCAUUGUGCCACGUCAAGGUCGUCCAUUUGUUUCAACCAAAUCAGAAGGAGAUGCAACUGGCAAAAAGGACAUUGGAGUGAAGGAGUUCAUUCGAGAUGUUACAAAUCUUCCUUCACAAAGCACGGACCGAAGAGAACAUCAUGAAGAUGAUUCAAGCGAUGAUUCUGCAAUGGAGGAAGAUAUUAUUGUGAGGAUUGAUUCACCUAGCACACUUUCUUUUCGCCAGUCUUGAGGGGAAGAGGUGAAGAAUUCGUUGUGAUUAUUUGCUUGUGUAAUAAAUGUUUCUUUUAUGUCAGCAACAUUAUACUUUGGAAAAAAACCACUAUAUAGAACUUUACAGUUGGUCAUGAAAGCUUUCAAAAACUAUGUUGUUUUUUAAAAUAAAAUAAGUAAUAAAUAUAUUUGGAAAUGGUUGUUGUUACUAGUAA